AUGGCGCCGGGGUCCCCCCGCCGCGGCUGCGGCUCACCGGGGUAUCCGCCCACCAGGAAGUCUCCUCUGGGGCGGGACCUGCAGCUUCCCGCCUUCUCCCGACACCGCCUCUGCCCCAGCCCGUUGCCCUGGGAGACCAAGGUGGCCCACUUCGAGGAUCAGGUGUCGGAUGAGGAGAAGUUUGAUCACUUAUGGAAAGAAGCAAGUGUCCCCCAGCCAGAGGAAGUAGAUGGAGAUCUGAAGUCUUGGAGAGAAUCCUGUGACAGUGCUUUAAGGGCCUAUGUGAAAGACCAUUAUUCCAGUGGCUUCUGUACUGUUUAUGCUAAAACUAUAGAUGGGCAACAGACCAUUAUUGCGUGUAUUGAAAGCCACCAGUUUCAGCCUAAAAAUUUCUGGAAUGGUCGUUGGAGAUCAGAAUGGAAGUUCACCAUCACACCGCCUACAGCCCAGGUGGUUGGAGUACUUAAGAUUCAGGUACACUAUUAUGAAGAUGGCAAUGCUCAGUUGGUUAGUCAUAAACACGUACAGAAUUCAGUAACUGUUUCGAAGGAAGCACAAACUGCCAAGGAGUUUAUUAAAAUCAUAGAACAUGCAGAAAAUGAGUAUCAGACAGCAAUUAGUGAAAAUGAUCAAACAAUGUUGGACACCACAUUCAAAGCCUUGUGCCGGCAGCUUCCAGUUACCCGCACCAAAAUCGACUGGAACAAGAUACUCAGCUACAAGAUUGGCAAAGAAAUGCAGAGUGCUUAA